CUUAUAUACACAUUUACCCAGACAAAACGCCAUCGUCACUCACUCUUCUCUACUCUCAUUAGUAAUCCUCACAAGCUUCUCCCAAAGAAUCAACCAUGGUUAAAGGUCCAGGACUCUACACCGAAAUCGGCAAAAAAGCCAGAGAUCUUUUGUACAAGGAUUACCAAGGAGACCAGAAACUCAGCAUCACCACUUACUCAUCCACCGGCGUUGCAAUCACUACCACUGGAACAAACAAGGGAGAUUUGUUUGUGGGUGAUGUAUCUACACAAGUCAAGAACAAGAACUUCACUGCUGAUAUCAAAGUCGCCACUGACUCUUCUCUUCUGACCACUUUCACCUAUGAUGAGGCUACCCCUGGAUUGAAGGCAAUCGUUAGCGCCAAGGUCCCUGAUCAGAAAUCUGGAAAGAUUGAGCUCCAGUAUCUGCACGACUAUGCUGGUAUCUGCACCAGUGUUGGUUUGACAGCUAACCCAAUUGUCAAUUUCUCCGGUGUGGUUGGAAACAACGUCUUGGCUCUAGGUACAGAUGUGUCCUUCAACACUGAAUCUCGUGAUUUCAAACAUUUCAAUGCUGGCUUCAGCUUCACCAAAGACGAUUUGAUUGCUUCUCUUACUUUGAAUGACAAAGGUGACAAGCUGAAUGCAUCGUAUUACCACAUCGUGAACCCGUUGAGCAACACAGUGGUUGGAGCUGAGGUUACCCACAGCUUCACGACCCAGAAGAACGCCAUAACCGUCGGCGCCCAGUAUGCUCUUGACCCAUUGACCACAGUGAAAGCACGAGUGAACAAUUCUGGUGUAGCCAACGCUCUGAUCCAACACCAGUGGCGUCCAAAGUCGUUCAUCACAGUUUCUGGAGAGGUCGACUCUAGGGCGAUCGAGAAGAGUGCCAAGGUUGGGUUUGCUCUCGCUCUCAAGCCUUGAGAAGUAUCCAUAUGAGCCCUUGCCGGAGGAGUGGGUAGCUUAGUUAUUUCAUCUUCUUGGUCUUCUAAAUCGUUUGGACUAAUCUCUCUGCCUGGUUUUGCUUUAACAAUCUUUCAUUUGUUUUUUUUGGGGUUUCAAUCGGUGUUGGGAUUUGUAGAAAAUAAGAAAAAACUAUUAAAAGGGCCAUCUUGAAGAUGAACCAUACAAAUCUCUUUCCUAAUUAUUGUCUCAAUACUCUGAUAAAACGUUAUGUUCCACUCAAUUUGGUUAUUUGAGAGUUUCGUACAGGUCUGCUUUGUUUGGUUUGAUUCGUCGCAGGAUUUUUAAUUUGUUUCAGUCCAUUAGUUUUAUUUUUUAUGAUUUGGCAGCACACACUGGUUCAUGUCAAUGUUUAAUGUUGGACCUAAU